AAAUAAAUAUCUGAUAAUUAGAAUCCUACUGCUUACUAUUUAUCAAAUUUUACAUGCCAGAUUCUUCACUUGGCAAAUAAACAAAUUUUUGUACGAACCAUACGCCCUGCCAGACGAAAAUGAACAGUAAACUAUUUGGAUUUUUAUUGUUUGGAUUUUUUGCUGGUUGUCUAUCGUUACUUCACAGACCAAUAACUGUCCGACCAGAUUGGCUACCUCCACCAUUUCGACCACUGCCCUCCGCGAACAGGAUAAAAAGAAGUGCCCAGUGUUACGGUGAUCUUGGAUGCUUCACCAACACAUAUCCAUACAACAACUCAGGAGAUGCACUGCCUCUGAACCCACGAUUUAUCAGAACACGAUUCCUACUCUAUACCAGUAUAAAUGAUAGGUUUCCGAGAAUCAUCAGCAGAACAGCAUCGGAUCAACUAAGUAGAAGUAGAUACAACAGCAACUUACCUACAAAGUUUAUCAUCCAUGGGUUUGAGCAAUAUGGAAUGGUUAGUUGGACAGGACAAAUGACCAGACAGUUUAUUCUGAAGGAACCAACAAAUGUGGUGGUAGUCGACUGGGGACAUGGAUCUGGAUGGCCAUACACACAGGCAGUAGCCAAUACCAGAGUUGUUGGUGCUGAAGUUGCCAAGAUGAUCGAGUUCCUUAUUGAGGAAACAGGUGGUGAUGUCUCCAAAUUUCAUUUGAUUGGCCAUAGUCUAGGCGCACACGUGGCUGGGUAUGCCGGGGAGCUCGUAACAGGUCUUGGAAGGAUAACUGGAUUAGACCCAGCAGAACCUAAUUACAAGGGUACUGAUGUGAGAGUUCGACUUGAUCCUGGAGAUGCAAACUUUGUCGACGUUGUGCAUACAGACGGUUCACCUUUUGAUGAAAUAUCAGGCUAUGGGCUGAUAGAUCCUGUUGGCCAUAUUGAUUUUUAUCCAAAUGGAGGCAAGAACCAACCAGGUUGUACCAAAGGAAGUUGGAUUAACUUGUUCAGUCAUUCGUACAGCCGUGGAAUAUCUGGCACUGAAAGCAGUAUUUCUUGUAGUCACAGCAGAUCUAUAGCACUGUUUACAGAAUCUAUCAAUGGCGACUGUCGAUUUAGGGCUUUUCCAUGUGAUAGUUUUAACAGUUUUAAAAACGGACAGUGCAUGGCGUGUGGGGCUGACACCCCUUGUCCAAUAAUGGGAAUAAAUGCAGAUAAAUACGAGAAUACUGACAGGAAACCAAGAGGAAAGUUUUAUCUUGCAACAGGAAAGUCUGAUCCUUACUGUGGGUAUAUGUACGGCAUAGCAGUGCACGUAAGUUCUGACAUGCAACCGACUGAAGGCAUACUAGAUCUGACGUUUACAGGAGAUGGCGGUCAAAUUGCCAAUCACACUGUAUACAGAGCGGAGUAUAGAGCAGGACAUAUGUACAGCGAGUUGUUGGUAUCACCAAACCAUCUAUCUACACUCAGCACCCUUACUAUAGAGUUUCUCGAAAAGAGUGAAGUCUGGUCAUGGUUAUGGACGGGCAAAAUUAAGAUUGACAAAAUAGAAGUGACAGAUGGACUAACAGACGAAAUAACAAAUUUUUGUGGAAACGAUGUGAUCAUUAGCUCUGGAGGCCGUGUAGUACUGACGGGUUCAUCCUCACCCUGUUAAAAAAUGUUAUUGAAGUAUUUUAAGGAGCAAGCAUAUAUAUUCAUUACUAUUUACAAUAUAGGGACUGCAAACUUAAUCGACUAGCAUGUAUAUUCAUGUUGCAAUUGUGUUUUUAAUUUGUGAGAAGAUUUUCCAGUAUCACACGAAAUUCAUAAUACAUGUAAUAAAACAUAUUUGACACCAUU